GACUAUUAAGCUAAAACGGCAAGUGUAAAGCAAAAACUAAAAACCAACCAGCAUUUUAUGACCUAAUAAUUAUUUUUUUCUAAUUCGAGGCUGAUCCAUCCUACUAGAAGGUACUACCAUUAUUUUCUCCGCUCUUUCCAUGAAAAAACCCCAAACCUUCAAAACCCACUAAAAAGAGAACGAAGCUCCCAAACCCCAAACGUUCUCUGCAAAACCCGAAAAUGGACGCGGCGAAAUUGAACGAGCUGAAGAAGUUCAUCGGUCAGUGCAAAUCCAAUCCCUCUGUUCUCUCCGACCCUUCCCUCUCCUUCUUCCGCGACUAUCUCGAAAGUCUCGGAGCAAAGCUCCCUUCCUCUGCUUACAGCCAUGGAGCCGCCGACUCCAAAUCGAAGAGUUAUGUGGUGGAGGAAAGUGACGAGGAAUUGGCGGAUGAAGGAGAGAAAAUCAAUGUAGAAGAAGAAGAAGAAGAAGAAGGGGAAGAUGAGAUUAUCGAAUCUGAUAUCGAGCUUGAAGGCGAUACGGUUGAGCCUGAUAAUGAUCCUCCACAAAAGAUGGGUGACCCUUCAGUGGAGGUUACCGAUGAGAACCGUGAUGCUUCGCAAUUGUUUAAAGCCAAAGCCAUAGAUGCUAUUUCCGAAGGGAAGUUAGAGGAAGCUAUUGAGAAUCUAACAGAGGCAAUUUUGCUGAAUCCAACAUCAGCAAUUAUGUAUGGCACACGAGCUAGUGUUUACAUUAAGAUGAAAAAGCCAAAUGCUGCUAUUCGAGAUGCCAAUGCGGCUUUGGAGAUUAACCCAGAUUCUGCUAAGGGUUACAAGUCUCGUGGCAUUGCACGAGCAAUGCUUGGUCAAUGGGAAGAUGCUGCAAAGGAUCUGCACCUGGCAUCGAAGUUGGAUUAUGAUGAGGAAAUAAACAAUGUGCUUAAGAAGGUUGAACCCAAUGCACACCGCAUUGAGGAACACCGUAGGAAGUAUGAUAGAUUGCGCAAAGAGAGAGAAGAUAGAAAGAUUGAGCGUGAGAGACUGCGUCGUUGUGCUCAAGCUCAGGCCACAUAUGAGAAGGCAAAGAAGCAGGAGCAAUCAUCCUCCAGUAGGAAACCUGGAGGCAUGCCUGGUGGGUUUCCCAGUGGAAUGCCUGGAGGUAUGCCUGGAGGAAUGCCCGGUGGUUUCCCUGGUAGCAUGCCAGGUGGGAUGCCUGGAAAUGUUGAUUUUAGCAAAAUAUUGAAUGAUCCUGAAUUGAUGGCGGCAUUUAGUGAUCCUGAAGUCAUGGCUGCUCUUCAAGAUGGUAGGCAGUUUGCUUUACUAUGUUUUAUUUCCUUUCCUUUCCUCUCCUUUUUUAUAUUUUUUCCCUCUCCUAUAUUUGGAAUUUGUGGAGUAUUCUUUCUUUGCGUCAUUUUUAUGUUUUUUUCACCCUAGUUGCUUUCCAUGAACUAGGACCAUGCUUGCCAAGAAAACUUAGGAACAUGUUUUAGCUGGUCUUAGUUUCUGAUACAUGUUUGUAUGGGGUUCAGUAACUGCCUGAUUCUAUUAGGACUCAGUGCAGAAUGAGACUCUUAUUGGGAAGUGGGAACUCCGAAUAGUUUGGCUGAGGCUUCAUUGAGAUGACUAUCAGUAUUCUUUGUAGGUUUGUAGUGUAAUAUGUUCUAGUGUGCUGUAGUACAAAUUAAAAUAAUUGUGCAUUACCUUACAUACACUUGACGAUAUAUUUUUUAGUGUUGGACAUAUUAGUUAUUCUAUUUAAAAAUUGAUAAUGAGUUUUAUACAUUGUAAAUAUAUAUUCUUGGGAAAAUUCCUUGUAAUUUAGCAAAUUAUUUUUGUCUCAGAACCUCAUUCAGGAAUAUGUUUUCCAUGAAGCUGUAGUUUUAGCUGAUGCAUAUUCUUUAAUGCUUUUGGUAAUUUGCAUAAUUUUGUUAUAAGUGCUAUAUCUAGGCAUGGAUGAUUCAUCAUCGUGAUUGUUUGUAACAAAGGACCAUGUUCUAUACUACAUGGAAACUACAGAAUGAAUAAUUUGACAUUCGUUAUCUUUUUCUUGGGUGACAUCUUUUU